UUGAAUUAUUUAUUUCUUAUAAAUUGAUGACAUCUUUUUUUAUUCGAAGUCGAUACGAGUAUAUUAUGGAAUCAGCUAUUAGAAGUAAGUCAAUGUCAUAUCACGUCUUGCCAAGUGAGUAUCGAAUGUUAAUCAUUACCAUUUUUAUGUGACAAGCUAUUUUUAAUAAAAUAUUGCAUUUUGUCCACCGUUUCUCCAUCAGUUUUGUAUAUAUUGAAAAUCUCCACUAGAUAUGUCAAAAUUGAUAGCAUUUUUCAAAAAUAACAUCUUCCCCUCCAAUCCCAAAACUGGUCAACUUGGUUGCAUUGACUACAACCUAAGCCUCUUACAAUGGUCUGGAAUGCCCUUGUUUGGGGCCCAAAGCGAGACCAAAUUGUCAAUUAUAUUCUAUGGAAUAAUUGUUUGGACAUUAAUGCGAAUUCCUUAUCAAGUUUUCGAAAUCUUCGAUAUCGUUGCUAUCUACGGAAAUAUGGGAGAUUUGACGCAGAAUUUGUGCAUGUCACUGUUGCAUUUUGGGGCAAGUAUAAAAACAAUCAUGAUAUUUAGCCGACUUGGAGACUUCUAUGACAUUGUUAAACAAUUAAGAAUAAUGUCAAUUGAAUAUUGCAAAACUAAAGAACAGCGGGACGUGUUUUUCAAAAUGGAAUUUGAAAAUAAGCUAACGCUGUCAGUUUAUGCUUUGAUUGUUGAGCUUUCUUCGUGUUUUGGGAUGCUUAUGGUGUUGCUGGGGCCCAAUAACUUAGUUGGAAAUAUCUUUCCAUACCGAGCCAAAAUUCCAGACUUCAUAUCGAUGGACAUACAAUUGUUCUACGUUCCUUUGAACAUAAUAGUCAUUGGAUUGCAAAUGGUUGCAAUUGAUUAUUUAAAUGUUGCCUUCAUCAACUUAACAAGGUCUCAACUUCAGAUGUUGAAUAUAUCCUUCGAUGAACUUAAUGAAUCGAAAGUGGGUCGAAUUACUGUGGACCCUGUGAAGCAUCUAAAUAGCCUUAUAAAACAUCAUACGUACAUUCUUGAAAUUCGACAAAAAAUCGAAACUAUCUUCAAAUAUCCAAUGCUUGUUCAAUUCAUGGUCUCCUUACUUAUAAUUGCGUUGACAGGAUUUCAAGUCUUAGUUCAAUCAGACACUUCAGGACUUGUUAUGAUUUACUUGUAUGUUGGUUGUAUUUUGAUGGAACUUUUAGUUUAUUGUUGGUUUGGUACUCAAGUUUCUGAACAGAACAAAACUUUAGCUUUACGAGGUUAUGAAAGUUCGUGGUAUAAUUUUGAUAUGAAAUAUCGAAAGUCAUUGGUUAUAUUUUUAAUGAAUGCCCAACGACCAUUUUGUUUUACAGCUGGAAGUUUUUUAGAACUGAAUCUAUCAACAUUUGGUCAGAUUCUAAGUAAAUCAUAUUCUGUUGUGGCCCUACUACGUCAACAAUACAGUGGUUAAGGCAAGUAGACGAACACAAACAUCGAAAAUGUCAAUUAUUUUGUUUUCCUCUAAAAAAGCGUGGAUAAUAAACGAUCUUAGUUUGUUCUUAAAUUUAA